UUCGUGCAAACGUCUUUGGAACUAACGUUGCGAUCCAAUGAGUUUUUCAGCGUAUCCGAAAAGGUUUCCAUUUUUUCGUUUAUGAUUUAUGUUCUGUGAUGUAAUUAGCUUGCGUGGAUGAUCAAUAAUAUAAAGUAUAUCAUCAAUAGUAUUAGAUGUAAGUAAAAGUUGCUUUGUAUUGGAAUAUAUGAAGAAGCAGUUUAAAAGAAUCCAUUAACUAAGUUUUUGUGCGGUAACGCUCAUAACAAAGGGAAGGCGUAAUGGAGCUUAUUAUGCGGACUCGUUAUAUAAGAAGGAUUUUCUGUGCUUAAUGUACAAUAGCAAGAUGCCAAUCAAUCGAAAACGUUCUUUGAGAGCUAUUCAUCUUCUAUACAACUUAUCAAGCUGGUUAUGCCAAACGCCCAAUUACGAUUUCAAGAGGAACGAAGUGAUCGUCUCCACAUGGGAUCAAGUGCGAGCCAUAAUCAUAGUUUCCCUAUUCAUAAUAGGCUACGUGGACUUUAUGAUUAUGCUGAAUUAUAAAGAGUUGUCCAUAACUACGCUAGUUACGUAUAUAGCGACGAUGUUCGUUUCCGCCGCGUCCCAAGUGAACGUUAUUUGCAGCGCAAUAUUUUGGAACCGCGACAAGUGGAAGCAACUUCUACACAUGUUUCACGAAGUCGAAAUUUUUGUGAAACAUAAUCACGACAAAAAGAGUUCCAAUAGGCUAUUCUACAUUGAGGUUCUCGUGGCUCACAUCUACUGUUUAGCUAUGAUCAUCUACCAAUGCUACAUCACCUACAAAUUGAUUCCGUUGCAACAGAUCAUCUUCUACAACAUACUGCUGUACUUCAUAUUCGUGUCCUCUUUGAUCAACUACAAUUUCGCUAUUUGCUUAAAGUACAGAUACGAGACGGCAAACGGGAUGUUGAUCAAAGAGAUCAGCCAGAAUUCGUUAAGCAUGUUCGUGAUUACGGACUUCAAGAAGAGCUACAAGUUUCAGCAGAAGAACGGGGUUUUGCGAAUGUGGGGUUUGUUCACUACUUUAAGCGAAAUUGCGAUGAGAUUCAACGAUGUCUUCGGAUGGAACAUGCUUUUCAUUUCGCUCAACAUCGUCGUGCAAUUACUCUACGCUUUUGACUCUAUAGUUAUAUUUUCGAUGCACAAAUCGAAGACUUCCGUCGACAACGACGAUCUAAUUGCAAUCAACUUCUUGAUAGCUAUAUUACUAUUAGUAAGUAUCGAUUUUGUUAAGGUGUUCGGAGUUAUGGUGAUCGUAUCCUGCGACGUCGUCUCUGCGAAUGCCAGGAAAACAGCAAACAUUUGCUACAAAAUCCUAUUGGAAAUGCAUUUGAACGACGAAGGACGCGAAGAUUUGGCGCUGUUCGCGGAUCAAUGCUCUUCCGUGGAUAAUUUUUCGGCUGCUGGUUUCUUCGAUAUAAACAUAUCCUUAUUACUCUCGCUCUUCGGCGUCGUCGCCUCCAAUCUUAUCAUCAUCAUACAACUCAACCAAUGAUUACUUGUUGAGCUGCAUGUGCGCAUUCCUAAUUCUCUUGUACACAAUUUGCUUACUGUUCUCGUAGUACCGAAGAAGA